CCGUCAUGUGACAAUGCUGAUAAAGUUCACGCUUCUAUAAAUAGCAUGAGACAUCAUGUGAUAUUUCUCACUUUUGGAAAAUGGCGACUCUCCUGUGUAUCUCGUUACUCUGCUUUAUUGUUGGCUGUCUAGCAGUAGACCCACCAGUCUACAAGGACACGUAUAGAGCAGAAGGUUUCAUCCGGCUGCCAUAUGCUGAAAUUGUGGAGCCUUUCAAAGCUUAUUUAGAUACACCAAACGCCAGAUCUCGUGUGGAUUAUUAUGGUGGGACUCAGCGCACAAUUCAGUACAGCAAGGCACAAGGUCUUCCCUAUGGCACAAGUCUCAAGAUCAUCCCCUUUAGUACCCAGUCCCUGUAUAAUCAAAUAUCAUGUUUCCAAGUCAAUGGAUCAAGUGAUGCCCCUUCAGAUCUCACCACUGUCAUACCUGAUCUCACUGGAUUUGCUUAUGUAGGCCAAGAUUGGAUUGAUACUCACCACGUUAAUACAUACAAAAAAGUUGUUACAGAUGGAAAAAAGACAAGCACGUACACUUUCUGGGCAUCUGCUGAUGACCUAACACCAAUACGCUAUGAGAUGAUGGGCUAUGAUUCCCUCAUGGGCUCUCACUACGACAAGUAUUACGUGGACUACACCAGAUGGGAAUCCCCAGCUGCCUUUACAGAUGAGGACUUUGCUGUCCCUGAUAAUCUGACAUGUACGUCAUUCCCUGGGCCGGGUGCUGAACAUCACAUCAUGAUGAACCCCAUCCGUGAAUAUGUUCACCACCAUGACAAGCACGUUCAUGAGGCUUUUGAACACUUCAAGAGGGCUCACAACAAGGUGUACAAGGAUGAUGAACAUGACACACGAAAACACAUCUUCAGACAGAACCUCAGAUUUAUCCACUCCAAAAACCGCGCCGGUCUGACCUACACGCUGGCCGUGAACCAUCUGGCCGACAGGUCUGAGAAAGAGAUGAAAGUCAUGAGAGGGUUCCGCUACACCCAUGGUGACCAUGGGGGCAAGAAGUUCAGCCUGAUGGCCAUGGACAAACAGGAUGUGCCUGACCAGUGGGACUGGAGACUCCAAGGUGCUGUUACACCUGUCAAAGACCAAGCCAUUUGUGGGUCCUGCUGGAGUUUUGGAACUGUUGGCACCAUUGAAGGUGCUAAUUUCCUGAAGACUGGAAACCUGAUACGUCUAUCACAACAAGAACUUGUCGACUGCUCCUGGGGUUUUGGAAACAACGGCUGUGAUGGGGGUGAGGACUUCAGAGCUUACAAUUACAUCAUGCAAAAUGGUGGACUCACUAGUGAGGAGCAGUAUGGACAGUACUUGGCUAUUGACGGGUUCUGUCGCAGUAGAGUUGUCCAACCAGUUGUCCAGCUGGCUAACUUUACAACCCUACCUCAGGGUGACCUAGGGGCAUUGAAACUGGCCAUAUUCAACAAAGGGCCAGUUUCAGUCGCCAUCGAUGCAUCUCACAAGUCCUUAUCUUUCUAUGCUAAUGGCGUUUACUAUGAACCAGAUUGCAAGAAUGGACCAGAUGACCUUGACCACGCCGUGCUGGCUGUAGGCUAUGGCACCAUGAAUGGACAAGACUACUGGCUAGUGAAGAACUCCUGGUCAACAUAUUGGGGCAACGAUGGCUACGUCCUAAUGUCACAAAAAGACAACAACUGCGGAGUCGCUACCGAUGCCACUUUUGUCGAAAUCAAAUAAAUUCUCCCCCCCCCCCCCCAUUUCAUCCAAACUUUCAGUUUUUUAAAAGCAGCUCAAAUUUCUUGCUUGAUACAUCAGUCUUAACUCUUCUUCAUUUGUUCGUUUAGAAUAGGUAAAUCAGUCAUUUCUUUACCCUUUCUGCAUUUGUUUGUUUAUAAAUCCAUGUUACCUUGUUAAACGUAAUAAACAAACACGUCCAGUCCAAUAUGUUCAGCCGCAGAAAUGUCUUUCAGAACGCGUAUAAAUGGAGUUGGGUUUAAAAAAAACAUUCCAGUGCUGUUAUGAAGAUACAAUUAUUAGAUCUUUACUGGGAGUGGGCAUUGAACAGACUGGUCUUUGAAGCAGCUACAAUUUUACUCUAUUCCUCUUGUAUUCUGAUAACUUAUGACAUGUUGUAGAACUUUGUUUAACACAGGUUGUAGUGAUACUUUACUAAUGUGGCUUAUUUUCAGAUUUUUAAACUGUCUUUUGUAUAAAUUAAAAAUGUAAAAAAAUGGUGUUUCAAUUUA